AUUUCCAUGUUAACUUUCGUUGAAUACCAGUGUUUACCACACAAUGAUGAUAAAAUAUUUAUUUGAUGGUGGUGGUGGUGGUAGGUGGUACACAACUGAUAUUGAUAAAAAGUACUCUGGCACUGAAAAUUCCAAUGUAGUUCAUUUGAAUUUAAGAAGUAAAGCAGAUGGCGGCUGUUCCCAGUCAAAUUAUUACAAUUUUGACCAUUUACCUGGUUUUUUCUGCAAUAAAAUUCGUCCAGUGCUCACAUGGAGACCGUCAUCCUGUUUACCAAAGAUGUUUACAAUCAUGCUUCUAUGCAAACUGUUCUACUAAAACAGACCUGCAGGAAUUUGAUGCAGGCAGGCCAUGGUACUUGAGGGCGCUUUUGUGGGACUGUGAGGAUGAAUGUGGCUAUGAAUGUAUGUGGAACACAGUUGAAUAUUAUCAUAGCAUUCCGUUGCCUUGUCCACAGUUCCAUGGCAAGUGGCCUUUUCUGCGGAUAUUUGGAAUACAAGAAGUAGCUUCCGUCGUCUUUUCCAUUUGUCAUGGUGCCUUACAUCUUUAUUUCUGGCUGAAAUUUAGGUCAAAGGUCCCAAGUGAAGCACCAAUGUAUAUUGUGUGGCAAGCUUAUUCUUUGAUAUGUAUAAAUGCCUGGGUUUGGUCUACAGUGUUCCAUACACGAGAUUUCAUUUGGACUGAGAGAAUGGAUUAUUUCUGUGCAACCUCACUAGUACUUGCUAGUCUUUUAACCCAUUGUAUACGGGUUGUUGGAUGGCAUGGAGGCACUUUUCAUGUUGGCAUCACAUGUCUGUGCAUUGGUGUGCUAUCUACUUUGUUUUUUAUACAUGUGUGGUAUCUAGCUUUCAUCAAGUUUGACUAUGGCUACAACAUGAAAGUGAACGUUGCAAUAGGUGCCGUUAACACUGUAUGGAUUGUUUUGUGGGGCAUACAAAACAUUAGGAAUCAGCCUUAUGUGUGGAAGGCCAUCGUGACUGUGCUAGGCACCAGUCUGCUGCUGCUUCUUGAACUAGGAGAUUUUGCACCAGUCGGCUGGAUAUUUGAUGCACAUUCAAUCUGGCACGGUGCUACAGUACCUUUAGUGUGCUUCUGGUACAGCUACAUCAUGGAUGAUACGCUUUAUAUGUACGAAUUAAUGUUCAAGUUCAAGAAAACAGUUUAAACCUCAAGAAAUAGAUUAGAAUAACUAGGGGAUUUAAAUGCUUUUCCAAUUUUAGGGCUCCAACUUGAGUCUUUCCAGUGACUACUAAACCGCAGUCCCUAUAAAGCAUUGUAUGAUGCGAUUGAUCGUUGGGCAGUCUUUGGGUCAUAAAAAUAAUAAACAUGCACUGGGCGCUGUAGUGUAAUGUGACCACAGUAAAAAAAACUGAACCUAUUCAUUUUUGUACCCUCUGUCACAUACCAGUAGUCGUGUUCAAUGGAGAUGCUGUUGUAGUUUAUAAUUGGUUAUAAUUUCUUUCCUGUCACCGCAUCCUGUUCCUGUGUACCAUUACCACCAAUUGAAUUUGGAAAAUAGUUCUGAAUUUGAAAUGCAAACUUCAGUUUUAAAUGUUGCUAAAAUGAUAUAAAAAAAACUAGAUGCUAUAAUUAUAUAUUUAUUUUUCAUGAAUAUCAUACAAUUCAACUAUGUACAAUGUUGAUAAUUUUUAAUGAAAUUAUUAAUUAUAUUUAAAUGAUAAAAUAAAUCAUUAUAAUACACGAUAAA